AUGGCAUCGGCUGGUCCGUCCUCUCAGUCUGGUGCAGCGGCGGUCGAAGAACGUUUUGAGGCCCUUGGCUCCACCCAAAGAAAUAACAGACAUGUUGCUACCGACAGUGAAAAAGUCAUUUCCAUCAUCGAGCUGCAAGACUUCGAGGGCUCCUGGACUGAGGCGACGCAGCUUACCAGUAUCUUGGGUAUCAAGGAAAAAGUCCUGUGUAAAAAGAGGGAAUCGUACUGGAUCACCUUGGUGUUUAUUGCGUUUCUGGAGGAAAAGAUGGGCAAAGAGAGGGAGACUUGGGAUCUGGUGAUUUGCAAGGCAAGAACGUGGUUGAAGGGGAAAUUUUUCGGACGGAGGUAUUGGAGGCGGAGGCUCGUCAGGUUAUUCAACAGGGGAAUUGAAAGAGUGUUCUUCUUAGGCGUAUCGGCGUGGCGGAAGGAUUUAAGAGAGAAAAAUUCUAUACAUAGCUUCAGCAACCUGUAUCCCUGCCCUGUUAAUAGUGGCUCUUAUACGGACACUUGGUGCUGUGGAGCGGUGGAAGGCAGCUCGCAGGCUGCGGCUGGCUGUUGCGAUACCUCUGACUUCACCAUGAAUGCCCCUGGCAUCGGAAGCUUUUUCGGAGUAGCCCAGGUAAGCAAUGCGUCGACUGCAACUUCAUCCACUCCAGCUGCCUCCACAUCAGCCACCGCAUUCACCUCCUCGAAACCUGCAACGGCUUCGAAAUCGGCAAGCUCAUCGACCACUUCAUCUUCUAAGCCUGCAUCGUCAUCUAAUCGAUCAGCGGCAAUCGGAGCGGGAGUCGGCGUACCACUAGGCGUACUACUGCUUUCAUGUUUGGCCUUACUGCUCUAUCGGGAACGUAAGCAGCGGCUUCGCGCGCAGAAAGUGACUGAUGAUAUCUAUGCUGCUAUGAAAGUGAGAGAGGCAAAGGGAAUAUACCAAGGCUACGAGAUGAGCAUUCAGGCGAGGCGUCAGGAGCUCGGCUCUAAUCAGAAGCAACUUGGAGAGUUGGAUACACGUUCAGACAAUGUGUAUGAAGCGGACGGGCAGCCGUAA